GGGCUAAAACAACACAACGAUCAGUCAAUUAAUUGAUUAGUCAAUCAACACAACGGGCUCCGGCUUCUCAAACUGAAUCUCUUUGUCUGGUCGUUGGGCAGAGAAAGCCAUCAUCUUGUAAUGACAAUUUAUACACAAAAUAAUUUAUCGAUUAAUGGAAAAUAUAACCAGCAGAGUUACUGGUAGUGAAAGUAAAUGUUAGAUGCAGCUGUACAUGAGUCGCUUCUGAAACAGAAAGUAGUGAAAAACCUCCUACUUUGAGGUUUAGUGUCAAACUAUGCACAGAAUAACAGGAAACCAAAUGAUUUAGACCAGUGGGUCCCAACCUGUGGGCCGGGUCGCAAAGCUGUUUUAAAGUGGGCCGACAAAUCAUUUGCAAAGCAGCAUCAUUUUGGUGAAAAGAUGUAAAACAUGCAAAGCAAAAAUAAACACAAAUAACAAAUUAAUAAUCUUUUUAAAACUAGAUUAGAUUAGACUAACAUUUUUUUUUUCUUUUUUAAAACUCAUUUCAUUGUUUUUAUUUCUCGUAUAAAGGCCUGUCCCUGGCGUCAAUGAGGUCGGAUGUGGGUCGUCAGCAUUUGAUUUUGAGGUGGGCCAUGAGUUGGGAAAGUUUGGAAGCCACUGAUUUAGACUAUUUCAAAUAACGCCUAAUGAAAUAAAUGAAGCGAAAAACUUCACCGAACCUACAUGGAGUGAUAUGAAUCACUCUGUGGGACUUUCCAUGAACAGAGGUUAUUUUAAAAUGACAUAAUAACAAACUAAAAGAAGGACUGUUUAGAAAUACUAACAUAAGGCUUGUGGUAUGUUUGCUGUUCUCACACUGGCUGCUAAGAGAGAGGUAAACACAGAAAGUAGGGUUACUUAGGGUUAGUAAUACAUUUCUUACUACAUGAGAGGAAAUACUGGGUGUCGCAACAGGCAGAUUUGCAUGGAUAUAAAAGCAUCUGCUUAAAACACAUCUUGGUGUGAACCCUUCUCUCUCUGGUAAGUUCAAACGCGGCCUCGUCAAACUUUAAACCGCUCGUAUUUUAAUGAUCUUUAUAGAUACUGUGAACUGCAAAAAAACUGUGUUUGCUAUCAUUGCAGGAGAACCACAGCACAGCCAAGCCGAUUACAGAAUGAUGCUCAGGGUUGUGCUCUCAGUGCUGCUGCCGGUAGCAGCUUAUCAGUCUCUGCUGCCCACAGACUGUAGCGACAUCUACAAAGCCGGUUCAGGCCUGGACGGGGUGUACACCAUCUAUCCAGCAGGCCCGAUCUCUCCCGUGCAGGUUUACUGUGACAUGAGCAGAGAUGACACUGGCAGCUCUGCAGAGAAGUGGACUGUCAUUCAGAAAAGACAAGAUGGCACGGUGAACUUCUUCAUGAAGUGGGAUCACUACAAAACUGGAUUUGGCAGCGCUGCUGGAGAGUAUUGGCUGGGCCUGGAGACAAUGCACCUGAUGACCCAGGCUAAGAGCUACGAGCUGAGGGUGGACAUGGAGGACUUUGAGGGCCAGACGGUCUUUGCCCAGUACUCUUCCUUCUCUGUUGGUCCGGAGUCGGAGGGAUACAAGCUAAAUCUGGGAAGUUUCGCUGGGGGAGCAGCAGGAGACUCCCUCAGUCUUCACAAUGGUAUGAAAUUCACCACCACUGAUAAAGAUCAAGAUACACAUAGUUCAAACUGUGCCAGGCUGGCCUAUGGAGGAUUCUGGUUCGCAGCCUGCUUUGGUGCUAACCCCAAUGGGGUCUACACCUGGGGACCGUCACCCCGUGCAGCUGGUGUACAGUGGAACACUUUCAAAGGACUCGAAUACUCCCUGAAAACCAUGAUAAUGAAGAUCAGACCAAUUGCAGUUUAAAAAUGGAACUGGGUCAGGAGCCACUUUGUUUAACUGGUGCAUCACAAAUAGAAGAAUUAGCAAUGUUCACACUCAAAACAACUAGAGUUUUCUUUUGUAUUUAUUCACUGAGGAUGGAGACAGUUUAACCUCUAUUUAACAGGCAGGAUCAACCAACAGUGAAUUGAUCGUACUGUCAUUUUAAAAAAAAAAAGAAAAAAAUUCAAAACACAUCAAUGAGCAACACUGCCGCACUGGGCGACAUGUUUCCAUGUUGUUCAUGUUUUUUUACAGGAUCCAUUAAAAAAAAGCAAAUAUGUCUGA